AUGGGCGCCGCCAGCAGCACCGAGCGCCCCAUGAGCGAGAUCGACUUCGACUCGUACACGGGGCUGCGCUACACGACGGCCGUGCCCAACACGGGCGACGCCACGCACGGCCCGACCUACGAGGUGCCCAACACGGUGCCCGUGGACGAGGCGCAGCAGACGCUGUACCACAACUUCCUGCGCGGCUGGAGCCGCGAGGGCGGCGCGCGCCCCUGCUACGGCCGCCGCGCCGUGGACCCGGCCACGGGCAAGGUGGGUGCGUUCCAGUGGCUCAGCUACGACGAGGUGAAGCGUCGCAUGGACGACCUGGCGUCCGGAAUGACGCGCGCGUGCGGUCUCCAGCGCCAGGAGAACGUCGGCAUCUUCGCCAAGAACCAGAUCGAGUGGUGCCUCGUGGCGCACGCCUGCGACCGCAUGGCCUACGUGCUGGUGCCGCUCUACGACACGCUCGGACCCGACGCCGUGCCCUACAUCGCCAACCACACGGAGCUGCGCGUGUUAUUCUGCGGCAUGGACCAGUUUCACGUCGUCAUGGACUGCAGAGACGCCUGCCCCAAGCUGCAGACCGUGGUGCAGUUCGAGCCCGUCACGGAGGAGCAGCGCCACGUCGCGGCGGCCAAGAACAUUGAGCUCAAGAGUCUGAGUGAUCUGGAGCUGAUUGGUCGCGCGGAGCCGCUGCCUGCUGACCCGCCGCUCCCCACGGACAUCUCGACGCUGUGCUACACGUCGGGCACGACGGGCGACCCCAAGGGAGUGAUCCUGCUGCACCGCAACUUUACCAUCAUCAGUGCGCUGGCAGGAGAGAGACUAAGUGUGUGUCCGACAGACGUGCAUUUGUCCUACUUGCCACUGCCUCACGUGUUCGAGAGGGCGGUGAUUGGAUCUAUUCUGCAGAAUAGCGCUGCUGCGGGCUUCUACCAGGGAGACGUGCUGUUCCUGAUGGAGGACCUGGCCGAGCUGGCCCCGACGCUGUUCGUAUCAGUGCCGAGACUGUUCAACCGCGUGUACGACAAGAUCGUCCAGGGAGUGGCAGCCGCUGGCGGGUUGAAGAAGCUGAUGUUCGACCAGGCUUAUGCUAGUAAGAAGGCGGGGCUAAGUGCUGGGUACAAAACCCACGCGCUUUGGGACGCGCUGAUCUUUGCGAAGAUCCGUCAAGUUUUGGGAGGACGAGUCAGGUGCAUUCUGUCUGGAUCUGCUCCGCUGAGCGCUGACGUCAAGGAGUUCAUGAAGAUUGUCUUCUGCUGCGAUGUUGUCGAGGGAUACGGACUGAGUGAGACGGCGGCUGGACUGUGCCUUGCCUCUGGUGACAUGCCGUUGGGCCCCCAUGUUGGCCCGCCGCUUGUUCGUAUGCAGGUUUGCCUGGAAGACGUGCCUGAAAUGGGGUACACCAGCAAGGACAAACCUCGUCCGCGUGGUGAGAUCCUCACCAAGGGCCCGUUGGUGUUUGCCGGGUACUACAAGCAACCGGAGAAGACGGCCGAGGUGAUCGACGAGAACGGCUGGUUCCACACGGGAGACAUUGGCUGCUGGAACGCUGAUGGCACGUUGAGCAUUAUCGACCGCAAGAAGAACAUUUUCAAGCUCUCUCAGGGCGAGUACGUUGCUGCCGAGAAGAUCGAGGGAGUGUACCUCAAGAGCAAGUACGUCGCGCAGAUCUUCGUGUACGGAGACUCGCUUCAGAGCUGCCUCGUCGCAAUUGUCGUGCCUGACCCCGAAACUGCUGAAGCGUGGGGCCACUCCAAGGGAUUGUCUGGUGAGCACCUCACAGUUGCUCAACUGGUCCACAACGCCGCCUUUCAGAAGGAGGUUAUGGAAGAUAUGCAGGCGACCGGAAAAGAAGCCCAGCUUCGUGGCUUUGAGUUUGUCAAAAAGGUGCACUUCCACCCGGACGCUUUCUCGAUGGAGGACGGCCUGAUCACGCCCACGUUCAAAUUAAAGCGUCCGCAGUUGAAGGCGCGCUUCCAGGCAGAGAUCAAACACAUGUACGAGGAGCUCCAGUAA